AUGACACAGGGCCAAAAGCAGUUUAAAACUCGUCUGGUCCUCCCAGUGACUAUCGAUCCUGCAUGCACAGUGAGGAUCACGCGGUCCCCAUCCUGGAAGGCGAGUAGCACCGACAGCACCCAAGCGUUUCGUGAUCUCCUUCGUACUCCUCUUCCAAGUCAAGGGUUGGCCACCGCUCUGUUUACACCUGACGACCCUGUCAAGUCUAGUAAAAUUAAUAGCUCAGAUAUUACACCAUUUUUGGUGCCUAGCUACCAUGCCACCCGCAGGAAUCAUGAGGACUUCAAUACUGCCAGGUUGUCCAAGCCUAAACAGGUGAGGUUGACAGGCCAAGGUUGGUUUCGAACCACGGACCUUCCGCUCAACAAUGUAUGCUUUUACUACUGA